AUGGUCGCGGCCGCCGCCGCCGCCGCUGCGGAGCGCGAGGCCAACGGCGGGGCCGGCCGGGCGGCGGGGGGGCUGCGGGAGGAGCUGGCGGAGUACAUGGCGAUGACGCAGGGCGGGGCCGGCGGCGGCGCGGGCGGCGCGGGCGGCGGCGCGGGCGCGGGGGCGGACGGGCGGCCGAAGGUCCCUGUGCUCCCGCCGCACCUGCGGCCCAAGCUGGAGGCGGCACCGGGGGAACGGCGUGUGCGGCGCACCAUCCGGUACCCGCCCUGGGCGGCGCGUCCGCUGGGCACCUCGCGCGUCAUCCUCUACAGGGGUGACCGUGCGGCGGCGCUCAACGCGCUGUAUGGGCAAAAGGAGGGCUUCGGGGAGCGCACCAUCAAGCCGCGGGAGGGCGGGGGCGGCCCCAAGCGGCGAGCUCAGCGGCCCGCCGCGCUCGAGCCUUUGCUGCAGGAGGCCGCAACGGGGCUGGAGGCCGUGGCAGCCAAGGCGGCCAUGGAGGAGGAGGAGGAGCAGGAGCGGCGGCGCCAGGCUGCGGCGGCAAGGGAGCAGGCCGUGGCGGCGGCGGCAGCGGCGGCGCAGGCGGCGGCGCACGCGGCGUACGCGCCGCCAAGCGGCGGCGGGGGCGGCGGCGGGGGUGGGCCGAAGGCCAAGCGCCCCCCAGGCAUCAAGGCCGGCCCCGACGACGAGUGGGCGCCCCCGGUCCAGGCCCCGCCGCCGCGCCCCGGCCACCACCCCAACAAAAAAGGCGGCAAGAAAGGGCACAAGAAGGGCGGCGGCGGCGGCGGCGGCGGCUUCGGCGGGAAGAAGAGGGGGCGCGAGGCGAAGUUCGUCGUUGAUGACGAUGCGUCCGACGCGUCGGACUCCGAGGAUGACGGCGAUUACUACAGCAGCGAACCGGAGCCGACUCCAGAGCCGGACGACGACGACGACACGCCCCGCGCCAAGCGGCCGCGCGCCGCGGCCGCCGGCAGCGGCGGCGGGGGCGGCGGCGCCGCGGCGCUCGCGUCGGCGCCUGUCGAGGAGUAUUACGAGCGCGGCGGGGGCGGCGGCGGCGCGGCGAGGAGGGUGCUGACGGCCCUCCUGAAGGGCGUGCUGCUGGAGGUGUUCAAGUGGCAGAAGGUCCGCAAGAACCUGGUCUUCGACUACAACGAGUGGGUCAAGCCCGAGGACGAGAUGUGGCUCGAAAAGAUCCGCACCCGCCUAUCCCGCGGCGCCUACGCCACCGCGGCCGCCUUCCUGGCCGACAUGGACCAGAUCCGCGUCAACGCCUGCCACUACAACAAGAAGGACCACGGGAAGUGCAGCGCGGUCGCCGUGCCGGACAUCGCCGAGAGGAUGAUGGCGUUCGCGCGGGGCCUGGUGGCGGCGCAGCAGGCCCAGAUCGAUCACGCCGAGGCGGCCGUCGCCGCAGAGGACGCCGGCGCCGCCGCCGCCCCCGCCGUCGACCCGCAGCAGCAGCUGCUCCUGCAGCAGCAGGCGGCCGCGGAGGCCGCCGUCGAGGCCGCGCGCGGCGACCCGGCCGCGUACGCGGCCGCGCUGCGGGCCGCGCUGGAGCAGUCCAAGGCGCUGGCCGCAGAGGGCCGGCAGGACGCGCCGGCCGGGUGGGAGUGGGUGGCGUGCGACGAGUGCGACAACUGGCGGCUGGUGCCGGGCGGCUGGUACCGGCAGAAGGGGCUGGCGGCGGAGGGGGCGGCGUUCAA